AAUGUCGAUGUGUCACAAUCUGACUCCCAUUUUUCUUUGCCAGCGUGUCUUCUCCAGUCUGAGCUGGUAAACUAUGAGCGUGUGAAGGAAUACUGCUUAAAAAUUCUUGGGAAGCACAAGGACAAUUUCAAAGCCAUGUACAGAGCAGGAAUUGCCUUUUAUCAUCUCGGAGACUGCGAGAGUGCCCUGCAGUACCUGAAAGAAGCAAAAGAUCGGGAACCCACAGACACCAAUGUCUUCAGAUACAUCCAACUGACGGAGAUCAAGAUGAAUCGAUCCAAUCAGAGGGAGCAAGAGGGCACCAAGGAGGAAAAUGGGCCAAAUCGCCAAAAGAUGUCAAAGGUCAAAUGGACAAUAAAAGGCGAAUGACAACCAUCGACUCAUGGUCUUCAUCACUGGAACUUUCUGUUAAGAAAAUGGGAAGGCAACCAAGAUUUGAUUGUAGAUUUGAAGGUUUAUAUUUAGAGUGUGAUAUUAUAGAGUGUUAUACUUUUAAUAAAGCAUCUGAAAGUGAUCAAAAUCCAAUAUUCCACUUUGAUCAAUUUAAA